AAAGGAAACCGAAGGAGGAACAAAAAGAGAGAAGCAAGAACUUUGGCUGUGGCUCUCUAGAGGGCCAGGGGCGUCCAUGCGUUUUAUUCCUUUUGUGGACAUGGUCAAGGAAUGAGCCAUUGAAGCCAGAAGAUGCACCUUUCCAGGGCUUUCCUGCUCCUCUGCCUCCCGGGCUGUUUCACUCUGAGCCUCCCCAGGGUUUUAAAAGGCACGGUGGGAGGAACGCUGGUGAUGAAGUGCCAGUACGGUGCAGGAGACGAGGGUCACAGGAAGUUCUGGUGCCGAGGAGCCACGUGGCAAGGCUGCACCCGAGUCAUUGAAAUGGAACAGGCAGAGGAGGAGGUGAAGCAUGGCCGAGUGACCCUCAGACACGACCCCAGCGAGCGCUCGUUCCUGAUGAUCAUAGUGGACCUGGAGGAGGGAGACGCCGACACGUACUGGUGUGGGGUGCACAAGGCUGGAAGUGCCUCCCAGACACCCAUGGCAGUGAUCGUGUUCCCAGGGUCUGCAACCACGACGGGGAGGACCAUGGCCCUGCCACCAUCGGCCACCAAAACGCCAACCAGCGCGGGAGGCCUGGCCCCGCCCUGCCCCAGCCCCAGCCCCAGCCCCAGCCCUCCCACCUGGCUCUUUCUGCUGACCACCGGCUUCCUGGUCCUGGCUGUCCUGAAGGUGAUCCUCGGCCUGAGCUUCGGCUGCGCAGCGAUACAGUUGGCCUGGCUUCAGCGUCACUCCUGAAGGACAGUGGUCAGCUCGGCCAUGGGAACCUGCAGCUCCCACACCACAAUCCUUCAACUCUGAUCUCAUCAAAGCCCUAGUGCUUCUCUGGAAUGUUAAACAGGAAAGGAUUUAGCCCCAUGAGGGACUUUAGUACCCAGGAGCAGAGUUGCCUUUGCCAAAUCCUCUCCUGGGGUGGCCUGGCACAGUGGACAUGGUGCGAGGACAUUGGCUCUUGGGUCAGACAGACGUGUGCUCGAGCCCCAGCUCUGCCACCUACAUAUGAUGUGACCAGAACAGGCAACCUGGUAGCUCUGGUCAUCCGUUUUUGGGAUCUGUAAAGGGGACACAAAGACCAGCCCGAGAGCAGUGGUGAGGCUCGAUGAGGUAACACACGGAGAGCUCAAGCCACAUGGGGCAGGGGGUCCUCAAACAGCUGCCCUUAGCAUUGCUGGUUGGGUCCAGGGUGGCAGGGAGGAGGGGUGGGCAGGUGGGGACCCGAGAGGAGGGGCCCAGCCCUGUUGGGACUCCUGCUUGACUUAGGGUGGGAUGGAGAAGGUGGUGGUCACCCCCUGAGGGCCAUACCCCAUCUAUCUGAAUAUGUGAUGCCCAAUCCAUACCCAGAACUGGAUGAAGGGACAGAGAAGGGAAGCUGAGAGCCCCGUCCCUAAAUACAGUAAGUGCUGGGAAGAGGGAUUCCUUACAUCAAGCUGCAAACAGAGCCAGGCUCAGCCCCUCACUAAAAAGACAGUAGCAGGGCAUGAAGUGGGGCCUGACUCAGCUCCAGAUGGAGCCUCCCCUCAUCCUCUUUCUGCUCGUUCCUCUGUGUCCUCCAUGCUCAGUGGCCAACUCUGUCCCUGGGAACGAGUUGCUUUCUGCCUCUUGGCUCAGCCCUGAUGCUCUCAGUCCAGAGGUGACAACCACCUGCUCCUCCUCUUGACCCUUCCUGCAUCCCCUGGAUUUGUGUGACCCCCUCCCCACCCCCCAGAAGAAUCACACGUGCCUUCUACAGCUUCAUCCAAAUGUUUGGCAAAAAUAUCCGACCAGUGGAACUCAAGGACAGUGCCUUUGGGCAUCCAACUGCAGAUCACCAAUAAAGGUGAUGUGGCCUCUUUCCUCUAGGACAUAGAAGGUGGCAGGCUCCCCUGGCACUGCCCCUGUCCCCCCCAACCACAGGCACCUGAGUGGGUUAGUGCUUCACUUCUAGCUGAAGAAAGAGAUCCUGACACCCUUUUACAAGUUCAUUGGCGAUACAGGGAACCUCUCACUCCUGGCUCCCUAGGUGAGUGGUUUUCUUUUCCAGAGCACGCAGAGAGGGCCUGCAGAGGGGGCCUGGUAAGGGGCGAGCUGCACUGAGCAGGUGACAGAGUCGAAACAAUAAAGGACUUAAAUUUAUCUAUUCCCGUCCCCCUUUCCUUGUGCUUUUUAAAAGUGCAAAUCUGCAUACAGGGUUACUUCUCCCCUAAAGUUGAAUGGCUCAGAGUUUUCAACCUAAUUUUUUAAGUGCCUCUGCUGAAGGUAUCAGUCUGUGAUGUCACGGAGGAAUGUGAUGUUGUUCCUGUAACUGGGGAGGCUGGAACAGAUCCUUUUAAGUCUGAGACUUCCAGUUUGAAGGUUCAAGCUGGGCCCCAAACCACAGAGCUGGGUAGCUGCUAAGCUGGGAACAGUGGGUGGACCUUAUUAUUUCACUAGUAUCAGUUUCAUUUUUAUUGGCAAACACAAAAGAUCCUCCUUUUAUGAGUUUAGUCUUCUUAAUAUCUGGAAAACAUGUCCAUCCCAGACAGCCUAAGGGAGGUGGGAAUGUCAGUAUCUCCUUAGAGUUGCUGGAUUCUUCCAAAACCACCACGCCCCUACCCUUCCCUGCUUCUACAGCACCACAGGGCAGUUUCCCACCCCUGAGCUUUUGCUCCUCCAUCCUUCCUUCCAGCUCCCAUCCUGUAUUCACUUUUCCAACUCUGCAAGCAUCAUCCCCUUCCCUGCUCCCCCCCAACAGAAGUUGUCCCCCCUUCUUCUGCAUUGCUGCUGCACCUUCAAUCACUGCUUCCCCCACAUGGCGCCCUCAGCAUUUGAUUACACUCUCAUCUACCAUUGCAGGCAGCUUCUGGGAUGGUCCCCAGUGAUCCCCACCUCCUGAUAUUUAUGCCCUUGUUCAAUCACCUCCCCUCAGUUGCAGACUGGACUUGUUUCUAGUGAAUAGACUCAUGCAUGGGAUAAGAGCUGGAUAUCACUCGUAGUUGGGUAUUACUCCCAAGACGAGAUUGAAAAAGACUCUGGCUUUUGGUUGUGUUUGUCUUUGGCCUUCUCUUGGACCAUGUUGUGAGCUGCCCUGAGAAGAGGCCUUGUGAGGAACUGAAUCCUGCCGGCAGCCACCAGUGAGCUUAGCAACGGGUUCUCCCUAAGCCAAGCUGAGCCCACAGCCCCAGCCCAUACCACGAAUUCCUUCUUGUGAGUGACCUGGAGGUGAGGCAUCCAGCUAAGCUGCAACUGGAUGCCUGGGGGAUAAUAAGUAUUUGUUGUUUUAAGCUGCUGAAUUUUGGGGAAAUUCACCAUGCAAUAAUAGGCAACUAAUAUGCAUGUGACCUCAUGAGCUGAUGAGAGCAGGAACGGAAAUGAGAAUUUACUUCUCUCUACAUCAUCAGCAUCUAUUGGCCAACAGAAGGUGCACAGAAAUUUUUAUUGAAGUGAAGUGAGUUGAAGUGACUGGUGGAUCCAGGGUUUCCCUACCUGGGCAUGGGAUGCAGCUGGAAAAGGGAACCCUCUGCACCAUUUGAGUAGUGUGCAAAGGAACAGUGGACACAGCUGGUCUGUUUUACUCUCUUUUCCUGUCUCCAGGGAAUGCCUGGAGCCAUGGCAAUGACCUUGGCCAAAACCUGAGUGCUAAACCGGAAUCUCUGCGUAGUCACUGAUGAGUGAUGUGAUUCUGUACACCAGAGGUGGAGGGUCUGGAUGUACCAGGUUGUCAGUAUCGUUUAAACCAAACAGGGAGAUUGAGGAUGUGUGUCUGGUGUCUGGUGUGGUGUCUGCACAGUGUCUGAGCACGUAGCUACCUGGCCAGUGCUCUUUAAGAACUCUGGGCUCCAAGGCUCCAGUGGGCUUUCCUGGGUGAGACAUCUCGCGCAUCCCUGUGGUUCGCAGCUAGAGAGAAAAGCACAUUGUGCAACCCUCCUAGAGAGGGGUGUCUCGGGAGCCUGCACCUGUCCUCUCUAACCUUUGCCUUGGUGUAUUUUUCCUGCUGCCCCUGUGCUUUAUCCUCUGCUGUAUGUUAAACCUUUGUCACGAGUGUGAUUUAUUGCUGGGUUGUGUGAGUCCUUCCAGCGAAUCACCAAACUUGUGGGUGGUUUUGGUGCCCUCGGAGCAGAGUGAAAUGGUGUUCUAGAGAGUAAAGGAGGAAGAAAAACAAGAAAACAAAAACAAACAAAACAAAACAAAGAAAACCCCAAUUAAAACAAAAAGAGAGAGAGUAAAGGAGGAGGACUGUUGCUGAAAGAGAAAGGAAGGUGGCUCUCUUUGCCCCUGUCCAAGCUCCAAGCAGUGUGCGGUUGUGGCAGGUGGAACGAUGGCCCCUACUGGUCCUAACCCCAGAAACCUCCGAAUAUGUGACCUUCCAUGGCAUGAGGGAGUUUGCAGAUGUAACUACAUUAGUGAUCUCAAGAUGGGGAGCAUAUCCUCAAUGAUGCAGGUGGACCCAAUGGAGUCACAGGAUCCUUAUAAUAGGGAAGCAGGAGAGUUGGAGAAAGAGAAGAAGAUGUGAGGGCAGCAGCAGAGGUCCAAGGGAUGUGGGGCCACAAGCCAAGGAUUGUUGCAGCCUCUGGAAGCUGGAAAAGGCCAGGGAUGGAUUCUCCCCUAGAGCUCCCAGAAGGAAUGCAUCUCUGCUGAUGCCUUUAUUUUAGCUCCAUUAGAACUGGAAGAAUGGUGUCCCUCCCUGCCCCUCUCUGUGUGACUCUAAAGAGAGCAUCCAGGUCUAAGAAGCCCACCUCAGGACUUUGCCAAAGAGAAUCAUGUUUUAUAUAUUCUUUUAUGACUCACUUCUUUCCCAUAGCAUUAUGAAUGUGAGGGUUAUCAUUUGUGGCUUCAGUUUGUUCAUCUGCAUGGAUGAAUAGGAUUCCAUUGCAGGAAGGUACCAUAAUGUAUUUGUUCAAUCCACUGGGGAUGGACAGUUGGAUUAUUCUCAGAUUACGUAACAGGGCCACAUUCUGUGCUCAGCCCUAGAGAAUCUGUAGGGCAGUAUAGUAGUCAUUUUCCUGUUUGAUCUCAGGUCUGCUCCUCGGCCUUCUCCUACUCUGUUUUUUGUCACAGAGGGUCUGGCCAGGGUCUGGCCGUGUUUUCUAGGCUCUCUUGCAAAUUGACUUUUGGUUGGGUUUGGUCAGCGGAAAGCACUGAAGAGAUUGAGGGCAAGAGGAAGGGCUAAGUCAGGACAUUUCUCUCCCUACCUCGCCAUCUGGGCUUUGGGUGGUGCGGUGGACACCCCCACCCCGCAGAGGUUUCCACACCCUGGUUCCUGAAACCUGUGAAUAUGUUACUUUAUGUGGUAAGAGAGACUUCGCAGAUGUGGUUAAAUUAAAGACCUUGAGAUGGGGAGAUUCUGGCUCUCGGGAAGGGUACUUAUAAGGGAAAGAGGGAGGCAGGAGAGCUGGGGUCAGAGAAGGAGACGUGAUGACAGAAGCAAAGGGGAGAGAGAAGGAGAGAGACGGAGGGGGAGAAAGAGAGAUUGGAAGAUGCUAUGCUGCUGGCUUGGAACAUGGAGGGAGGAGCCAUGAGCCAAGGAAUGGGGGCAGCCUCUGGGAGCUGGAAAAGGCAAGGAAAUGGAUUCUUCCCCUGGAGCCUGCCAAAGGAAUGCAGCUGUGCUGGCAUCUUGAUUUUAGUUCAGUGAAAGCCAUUUGGGACUUCUAACCUCCAGGACUGUAAGAGAAUAAAUGUGUGUUGUUUUAAGUCACUGGAUUUGUGGUCAUUUGUUACUGCAGCACAGGGAACCCCUGGAGGGGGCGUGGUCAGCAGUAGCUGCUUCUCCACCAUUCCAGCUCCCCAGGGAGCCUCGCUGCCCCCAUCCCAGCUCAGCCCCCACUGCCCAGCCAGGGCAGCCUCAGCCGGACUCUGGUAAUGCCAUCUCCCUCUGUCCCUCCAGCCCCGACUAUGGCUGGUGCCUGGGUGCCUUGUCAUGUCUUAUUUGCCUCUUCAGAUUUUCCCACACCUUUGCACUAGUUGCCUGUUGAAGUCCCUGGCAUGGGCUCCGCUUUUCUGGUUGAAACUUGGCCAAGUUCUAUCCUUAGGAGGGGCAACGAGUUAUAAAAUGUGUACAUCUUCACUUUCAUUCGUAAUGCCAAACUGUUUUCCAAAGUUGUACCAAUGUACAUACCCACCAGCAGUGUAAGAGGGUUCCUAUUGGUUUUUAUCCUUACCACAGUUUGAUAUUGUUGGAUUUUAAUGUUUUUUUUUUUGCUUGUCUGGUGGGUGUGCCAUCCAUUGUUCUUUUGGAAUCUAGUGUUUCAGAGGAAAUCUAUUCAAAACUGUUGUCGGAGUCUGUGUUAGUAGAUAAGUUGUUUGUUUUUAAAAAAAAUUCUGUUGGACUUCAAAAUUUGUAAGAUU